CCAAAUUUGGGGGACACCCCCACCCGCCUGGCGCUGAGGCUGCGCGAAGGACAGCCAGACGACCACAUCGAGGCCUCGUUCCUCGACCUGGCGGCCCCGCAGUGCUGGCUCCUACUGCGGCCCGCUGCCUUCGCGGUUAUUUAGGACUGUGCGGUCAGGCUGGGGACGCAGGGCCAAGGACCGGGGACCGCCGCCUCUUCCCGGCGUGAUUGUAGUCCCCCGCCCCAGGCCGCCAGCCCGAAGGGACGCGGCCACGGCUCCCGGGGUCGCCUCAGGCUGCUGGAGGUCCGCCGCCCCGCCCGACUUCUCGCGAGUUUUCGCCGCGCUCCCCCCGGGCCCCCGCCCGCUCGGCUGCCCGCGGCUCUGCUAUGGCUGCUCUGCGGAGGUUCCUGUGGCCGCCACUCCGGCUGCCGCCCACGCUCUCCCCUCACCAGCCCUUUCUCGGGCCUUGGGGGCGGCCUGCGUGGACCGCCCUUCCUGGCCAGCCCUUCUCUUGCAGGGAAGACGAGGAGGGGGCGGUUGCGGAGGCGGCUUGGCGGCGGCGGCGGCGGCGCUGGGGAGAGCUGAGCAUCGCGGCAGCAGCCGGCGGGGGUCUGGUCGGCCUCGUGUGCUACCGGAUAUACGGGGACCCCAGGGCUGAGCCCGGCCGACCCUCCGAGAGCGCGCCCGCAGAGCCCGAGGACCAGCCCCACGGCCUGGGGCUGCUACCCAUUCCGGUCGCUGCUGCCAAGGAGACGGUUGCUGUUGGCAGAACAGAUAUUGAAGACUUAAACCUCUAUGCUACCUCUCGGGAGAGGCGAUUUCGUUUAUUUGCUUCUAUAGAAUGUGAAGGGCAGUUAUUCAUGACUCCAUAUGAUUUUAUUUUGGCUGUUACAACAGAUGAGCCCAAAUUUGCUAAAACGUGGAAGUCACUUUCUAAACAGGAAUUAAAUCAGAUGCUCUCAGAAACACCACCAGUUUGGAAGGGAUCAUCGAAGCUAUUUCGAAAUCUUAAAGAAAGAGGUGUGAUUUCUUAUACAGAAUAUCUUUUUCUUUUAUGUAUUUUAACAAAGCCACAUGCAGGUUUUAGAAUAGCUUUCAACAUGUUUGACACUGAUGGCAAUGAGAUGGUGGAUAAAAAGGAGUUUUUGGUGCUUCAAGAGAUAUUCAGGAAAAAAAAUGAAAAGAGAGAAACUAAAGGAGAUGAAGAAAAACGUGCAAUGCUGCGUCUUCAACUUUAUGGAUACCAUUCUCCUCCUAAUAGUGUACUUAAAACAGAAGCUGAGGAACUUGUCUCUAGGAGCUACUGGGACACACUGAGACGUAACACAAGCCAAGCACUCUUUUCAGACCUCGCAGAGCAUGCUGAUGACAUCACAAGUUUAGUAGCAGAUACUACACUUCUUGUCCACUUUUUUGGAAAGAAAGGAAAAGCUGAACUCAACUUUGAAGACUUUUAUAGAUUCAUGGAUAACCUCCAAACAGAAGUUCUAGAAAUAGAAUUUCUUUCUUACUCUAAUGGAAUGAAUACUAUCAGUGAGGAAGAUUUUGCUCAUAUUCUUUUACGAUAUACAAAUGUGGAAAAUACAUCGGUAUUUUUGGAAAAUGUGCAUUACAGUAUACCUGAAGAGAAGGGCAUCACAUUUGAUGAAUUCAGAUCGUUUUUCCAGUUUCUGAACAACCUAGAAGACUUUGCAAUAGCCCUAAACAUGUAUAACUUUGCAAGCCGUUCUAUAGGACAAGAUGAAUUUAAACGUGCUGUCUACGUAGCUACUGGACUUAAACUUUCACCUCAUUUAGUGAAUACUGUCUUCAAGAUUUUUGACGUUGACAAAGAUGACCAGUUAAGUUAUAAAGAAUUUAUUGGAAUUAUGAAAGACAGACUUCAUAGAGGAUUCCGGGGUUAUAAGACAGUCCAAAAGUAUCCUACUUUCAAAUCUUGCCUGAAAAAAGAACUUCAUAGCAGAUAAAUCCUAAACCAAACUUUAAAGAACUAUUAUCUGACAAACACAGAAGCAAAAAUUUCUGAAUGGAAGCAAGUCUGAGAUCAGAACAUGUAAAAAAUGAAAGAAAAGAUGAAAUUUCUAUUUUUCUUGAAUGGAAUUCUUAAAUGCAUAAAAUGCUUCUUCUAUCUUUGUUAUAUUAAUCAGGUUGAGCUUUUGCCUUGAUUUACCGAACUCUGCACUUUUUCAUUCCUUUCAGAAGUAUAAAGACACUUCCAGUGACUAUAUAAUAAUGUAUUUUAAAUAUUUCUAUUUAUUUAUUUAUUAAAACUUUGCCUCAUUUCACAGUACUUUAUGGCUCAUAGAAUGUAGAUCACCUAAAAAUGGACAACACAUUUUCUCUUGUUUUGGACUGUGAACUUAAUUUGGAAAAUGAAUAUUGCUUUUAUUUAUCUUAGGGCCCUUAGAAUUGUUAGUAAAUCCCUAUUGUUUGCCAGGUUUUUAAGUAUAUUGAAACGAUUUUUGGCAAAUAAGUAGAAAUUAAGGUACUAAAUAACAUGAUGAUGGUUUACAUUGUACUUUUAACUUUUAAAAGUAUGUAAGUAACAUAUAUUGCUUGACUUGUGAAAAGUUUCUUGCUAUUCAUACACCAAAGUGAACAGAAUGUCUAGUAUCUUUUAUGUAUAGUAUAAUAAACUUAAAAUAUGGAGUUCUUUCUCAACAAAAUGUCAUAUAUUGAUAAUUAGAAGUAGAGUCACUUGUAAUAAACAAUAUCAUUAUUGUUUUAAACAUGAUGCUGCUCCUGAUUGUAGGUGAUAUAUGUAAUGCUAGUAAAAAUAAUAUUCUACACUCUGUAACUUAUUCCAUAUUGUUAAUGUAUGUCUGUGGUACCAAAAUGAGUGUUAUAACUUAAUAAUCAAAAAUAGUUUAAAAGACUAAUGUAUAAAGGCAAAAGCUAAUUUUUUGUUUCUUGCCAAAGGACCACAUGCAAAAGUGAUACCAGUAAUAAUGAAUAAUUUAAAUAUAAUUUGCUAUUUCAAAAACAAUAUGUCUUAAAAGGGAAAAUAAAAUCUUUCUAUUGAAAAAUCACAAAAUUAGGUUUUCAAAUGGAGAAAUAAUUUGAUAGUAUUUAGUAGAAAUCUGUUUAAAGACAUGUAGUUUAUAUAAAGAUAUUAUACAAAAGUAGUGCAAUGAAUUUAAGUUUAUAUUGCAUGAGGAAUAUAGUUCAUUUAUCUUCUUUUCUAAGACAUAUUUAAUGAAAUUACAUACACUCCAAUUAUUAUAUUGCUUUUGCAUAGAAAAAUAGGAAACACUGAGUUUGUUUUUAUGUUAAUAAAUGUGAAAUUGAUUUGCAUCAUCUUUUUUAUAGAAGUAAUGUUAUUUCCAAGAAAAUGUUAUGAGCAUUGAUUUUUUGUUUAUUACUUUUUACACUCUUUAUCUGAAUUAUUUAUUUCACAUAGAAAUGUAGUAUAAUACACAUAGUAUAAUAAUUUAAGUUCACCCACUUUGAAGAUUCAGUCAGUUCAUUGAGUAGAGAUGCUUAUUUAUUUGUCACAUCCAGCUCUAUUGUACUUUACAUUGAGUGUUCUCCAUAUUAUUUUAUAUCUAAAAUAAUUGAAAAAUGCAGUUUGGUCUUGAACUAUAAGUUAAAUUAUCUUUAAUACAUGGAGUGUAUCUUAUAAAUACAGAUUAAAAAUUGAAUUAGCUCAUGAAAACCCUUUAGAAUUCCAUCAUUCUCCCAAGGAAAAAUACCCUCCAACAUACAUAAUCACUGGUUUUUAUUACUUAUCAGUGUGGGUGGAUUUGUAUACAAGAAUGCAACAUAAUAUAAUAAUGGGAAUAAAUAAAAUAUUCUGAUCAGUUAAAUGGAAAGAGAAUAAUAAAUUACAGUGAUUCCUUUUAUAAUACCCCUCCUGAAAUUUAUCACCUAUAAAAUAGAAGUUAAAAUAUCUCACUGGAUUGUUGAUUACAUCAAUUGAAAUAUUUUUAAAUUCUUUUGAAAAUAAUGUGCUAAAUACGUGUCUGCUGUUAAUUUUGGUAUUUCCUUUUACAAACUAUUCUUUUUUUUUUUUUGGUACCAGGGAUUGAACUCGGGUCCUUGGGCUUGCGAGGCAGGUGGCAGAACCACUGAGCUAAAUCCCCGUCCCCAGACUAUUCUUGACAAGGAUUAAGCUAAUCACAAAAUAUUAGUAUUAUGCUUUCUAGAGAAAGCCUAUGUGCUAAGUGGUUUAUGGUACUUCUCAGAUUCAUUUCCCAACAAGAAAUUAUUUAACUGAAAUUCCAAUUAAUUGUUCUUAUAAAUUAUAAUUGUAAAGCAACCUAUCUUACAUUUUUAUAUUAUUUUAAAAUAAAUAUACCUGCCCUUGAAUCAUAAAA